AUGUCGACCACAACACCCCUUGCCGGCAAAGUAGCCCUCAUGACAGGGGGCUCCAAGGGCAUCGGCGCCGCGACCGCCACCGCCCUCUCCAAACUCGGCGCAAAAGUCAUCAUCAACUACAACUCGGACUCCGCCGCCGCCGACACACUGGUUUCCCAACUCGGCGGCGCCCCCCAGAAUGCGCUGGCAGUCCGCGCCGACGCAAGCAACCUCUCCGGCAUCGAAACCUUGGUAUCCGAAACAGUCUCGCACUUUUCCAAAAUCGACAUCUUGAUCGCCAACGCGGGCAUCCUGCCAAUGAAAGAUAUCGAAUCCACAAGCGAACAGGACUUUGACCGCGCAUUCGCCAUGAACGUCAAGGGUCCCUAUUUCCUUGUUCAGAAAGCCCUCCCGCAUAUGUCCCCGGGAUCUUCAAUCGUGUUAUUAUCGACCACCAUAAAUCACGCCAGCACCGUAACGCCGCCGUAUACACUGUACUGCAGCACCAAAGGCGCGAUCGAACAAUUGGGCAGGUUGCUUUCCAGAGAUCUCCAGGCCAAACACGGAAUCAAAGUGAAUGUGGUGGCUCCAGGCCCGACAGGGACGGACCUGUUCUACGAAGGCAAGAGCGAGCAACAGCUCAAGAUGAUCGCGAGUUUCAAUCCGAAUAAGCGCAUUGGCACGCCUGAGGAAGUGGCGGAUGCGAUUGCUUUCUUGUGUGGCGAUGGCGCGAGGUGGAUCUCGGGCCAGACUAUUUUGGUGAAUGGUGGACAGGCUUGA